AUGGAUGCGCUGAUAUCUCGCCUUAAUGCGCUCAUUCUCAACCCUGAGCUUGCGCCGCUACUAUCGGUGCUCAAGGGCGCCCGUAAUGGAAUGGUCUACGGGUCCAAGGUGCGGUUUCCGCAUGCGCUGGUAAUGAUAUUUCUUUUCCGGUCUGGAACAUUCCGGGAAAAGAUCAAGCUCGUUUUCAACGCCACGCGCCAUCACGCGCGGAACUUGGCCACAUUCGCAUUCAUAUACAAGGCGUCUAUGAUCGUACUCCGUAACCUCAACGUGGCGGAAAGCGGCAAAGAAGGUCGCUACGACAGCUUUUUUGCGGGGCUGCUGGGCGGAUAUGCGGUCUUUGGCCGACAGAGAGGGAGCAUCAGCAAGCAGAUUGUCUACUAUAUCUUCGCGCGUGUGAUGCUCGCUCUCGCUGAUCUCGCCGUCCAACCGAACAUGCACCCUCUCUCCCCCCUCAUCACUCCCGAGACGCGGACAAAGAUAUACGCCAAUGCCUGGCCUGUCUUCGCUAGCUUAUCAUGGGCUCUCGUCAUGUAUAUCUUCCGGUGGUACCCAGAAACUCUGGUUUCCAGCUUGCGGAGUAGCAUGGUCUACAUUUACGCGGAUUCGGACCACUGGGAUUCGUUGCGAAAUUUGUUCUUUCACAACAAAUAG